GGAUGAAAAUGGAACGGCUCAGCUCUAUAGAAGAGUGAGGCUGACGGAAAAAUCCAUAGAUGGGUUUGCUUGCUAGGCGGCAUUCCAGCCUGAUGGGAAGAGAGACUGGAGACCGAUAUACGAGACAGAGUGGCUGGAUUUUUGCGUGCUCUGCCGUCAUGCUGCAGAUAGGAACAGCAGAGUUGAAAUCCCGAGACAGAAAAUAGUACUACUACUUUGUAAAUGGCAAUUAUGAGAAAAAAAAGGGGAGAGCUGUUUUUGUCAUACUUCAAGGUGGCCAAUAUCACCGCCCGCAAGACAAGACGGCACACAUUUUUUGCUACCUACCUAGCCGUGAGACAGUGGAUUUUGAGACAAGCACAGCCUCCGAGCAAGCACGGCGCACGUAUUCAGAAAUUGCCCUUGGCUUAACUUGCCGCGGAAUUUUUUUGCACCAGGC